AUGCUACCUGGCUUGAUCCUGGCUGCUGCGGCCACCCGUGGCCUCUGCGGUCCGUCCAGCCUCGCAGCCAGAGCGCCGUGCCCUCGCCGCCAGCUGCUGUCCUACGUCGCCUUCACCGCCGGCCGAGGUGCGGCACCGACGCCCAUCCACGCGCUCGUGGCCGAUGUGUGGCAGCCAGUCGGACAUUUGGCUGCUGGGACGCCGGAGGCGGCUGACUGGAGCGUGGCUGCGCUUGUCCGCGCCGCAACGCUCCAGCGGCGGCUCAUCGCGGAGCACGCCUGCCGCCUCUACCCGCCGCUCCGCACAGAGAAGAGGGAGCACGGGCUGAUGCGGGGCGUCCGUCUCGCCAUCGAGGCGCCUCCUCCCUCGGCUGGCGGAGCGGCGACCUACCUUCCGCUCCCCGACUGUGAGCUUGGAGAGGCGACGCCGGCAGAGAUGCUGCGCUGCGGCUUUGCAGGCGCUCCUGGCUCCGGCGGCGGCAUCUACGCCGACUAUGCAAGACGAGACUCCCCGCCCUACGACUGGCUGGCGGUGCGGCGGCGCCUCGCGGAGCAGACCAAGGCGGUGGAGGAGGAGGGAGGGACUGCCUCCGCCUUUACGCUGGUCGCAUGGCCGCGCUGCGGCUUCUGCACCAAGGCGAGGGCCGAGCUCGAGGCCCGCGGCAUCGCGUACCGCCACGUCGUCGUCGACAAGUACAGCCCCGAGCACGCCGAGCUGGCGAUGAGCACCGGCCGCCCGUCGGCGUUGCCGGAGGAGUACUUUCGCUCCCUCGACUACGCGGCCGGGGGCGUGCCGUGGGACCUGCUCGGCAGGCCUCAGCCGCCGGUGCGCAACGCGUUCGACGAGGGCGCCUUUGGGCGACGGGGCACCGUCAUCCUCGAUUGCGGCUGUGGCGCGGGGGACAACGCGAAUUGGCUCGCCGAGCGCGGGCACGACGUGGUCGGUUUCGACGUGUCGCUGAGCGCCGUCGAGAUGGCGCAGGCGCGCGCCGCGAGCGUCUCUGCGCGCAUCUCCGCGGCGGGCGGCGCGACAGAGUUCGUCGCCGCUUCCGCCACCGACCUCGCCGGCGCGGCGCGGGUGCAGGCGCGCGCGAGCGAGCUCGGUGGCUUCGAGGUCGCGCUCGACUCGGCGAUGCUGCACUGCCUCGACGACGACUCGCAGCGAGCCUUCGUCGACGGCCUCCGCCCGCUGAUGCGCGCCGGAGGCAAGCUCUUCGUCGGCUGCUUCUCCGACGCGAACCCGGACCCGUGGAGCAACCCGCGCCGCAUCUCGGAGAGCCAACUACGCAGUCUCCUGUCUACGGAGCGCGGGUGGCACAUGGUCAGCCUCACCUCAUCCUGGUAUGAGCGGCCGAGCGACCGAGCAGCUUCGGGCCGCGGCGCUUGGACGAUGGCGUGGUGGUGUGUCGCAGAGGCGGUGCCGGUAGGUCCCGGGGAAUAA